CACCACUCUCUUUACCUCCUCAGUCGCUCUUGCUGUCCCUCACACAAUGUAUAUAUAAAUUUAAGAUUAAAAUUUUUUUAUAUAUUGUGUGUAUAUAUAAAUUCACAAUUCACAGACAUAUCUUCUCUGCCUUCCUUCCUUCUGCCAAAAGAACCAAACAGUGAAUUGUGUAGAAAAAAAAAAAAAAAAGAAAAAAGAAAAAAAAGGGGAAGAGGAAAAGAGGGGGCCUUUAAGUUUUCCCUUUGCUUUUCUAUAUGCUUCCUCUUGGAUCUUGAUUUCUAAUCCAAAUCUAUCUCAUCUGGGUUUUUUCUCAUUUGGUAAAAUUUUUAAGCUUGCUUCUGCAAUAUCAUGAAAUGAAUGAGUUUUUGUUGUUGUUGUUGUUGUUUUUUCUUUUUUUGGAUGGUUUCGAGUAUGUGGGGAAGUUGGCCAUCCAUCCAUCCAUACAUGGUGGGCUAUGGGCAGCCACAAAGUUUGAAUCUUUCUUGGUUUGUGAGGAGAUUUUGGAUUGUGGGUCAAUCGGAUUUUGAUCUGUUCAUCAUCCGAUGAUCUGAUAUUGUUGUUAAAAAUUUUCAUCUAGUUGACUCACUACAAAAUUUUCUGGUGUCUAAGCUUGAAGUUAAUGUUCUCUGAUGAAGAAGAAACUACACUUGAUUAGUUCGUUUUUAUUCAAACUCGAUAAUCUGCUGCCGCAGAUACUGCGGCAGCAUCAAAAUGCUGAUUUGCAAUUGAUUCUAAGUAACGGGUAGUGUUAUAUAUACUAGUUUUGGGAACUGGAAACUCAGUCAUCUGGAAUUUUUUCGAUCACUAUGUAGAUCUGUAUGAAGUUUUCAUGUUCAAGCAAUCCCAUCCUUUUUCAGUUUUCAUUUUUCCUUUUUUAUUUUUUGGAAGUAUUUAACAUCACAAUGAAUCGAGUUAGAAAGGGUAGUAGUUUUUUAGUAAGUAAAUUUUAGAAUGUGAUGAAAUGGGUUAUGGCAAGACUGUUUCCUGUCUGUGUUAAAAUUACAAAUAUGAAUGAGUAGGUGUUGCAGUAACUGUGGAAAUGAUUAAAUGUGGUGGUUCUUUUUCUUUCAGAAUGGAAAUGGAUUCUGGAAAGUUGUUUGUUGGUGGGAUAUCUUGGGACACAAAUGAAGAUCGACUGAGGGAGUAUUUCCAAUCAUUUGGGGAAGUGGUGGAGGCUGUGAUCAUGAAAGAUCGGAACACUGGGCGUGCCCGUGGUUUCGGGUUUGUUGUGUUUGCAGAUGCAUAUGUUGCUGAAAAAGUUGUCAAGGAAAAACAUGUUAUAGAUGGUAGAACUGUGGAGGCAAAGAAAGCUGUUCCUAGAGAUGAUCAAAACAAUUUAAGCAAAAGCAAUGGCAGCAAUCAGGGUUCUCCAGGUCCUGUUCGCACGAAGAAGAUUUUCGUGGGAGGCUUGGCAUCAACAGUCAAUGAGAGUGACUUCAAGAAAUACUUUGAGCAAUUUGGUACUAUCACAGAUGUGGUUGUUAUGUAUGAUCACAACACAAAAAGACCUAGAGGUUUUGGUUUUAUAACUUACAAUUCAGAGGAAGCUGUAGACAGGGUUUUGCUCAAAACAUUCCAUGAACUUAAUGGUAAAAUGGUUGAAGUUAAGCGUGCUGUUCCGAAAGAGUUAUCUCCGGGCCCCACUCGCAGUCCACUAGGAGGAUAUAAUCACGGUUUGAAUAGAGUUAACAACUUCCUCAACGCUUUCCCUCAAGGGUAUAAUCCAAGUCCAAUAGCUGGUUAUGGAGUACGAAUGGAUGGAAGAUUCAGUCCAGUUACUGUUGGCAGGAGUGGAUAUCUUCCGUUCAGUUCUUCUAAUUACACUAUGGGACCAAACUUGGAUUCAAGUUUAUCUGAAUUCGGCGGAAGUGGGACUUACAGUCCUAACAUAGGCUACGGACGUAGUUUGAAUCCUAUUCAGAAUGCCUAUUCAAACAGGUUUAACAGUCCGGUGGGAUAUGGUGUCGGCAUUGGUGGGAGUGGUUCACUGGCGAACUCAAAUGGUCGAAACAUGUGGGGUAAUGGAAGCAUGAAUUAUGAUACAAAAUCUGCUAAUCCCAAUGAUUUUAUCGGAACUGGAAAUGGGACUUCAGAGUUGUUAGGUGCUUUUGGGAAUAUCGGAGCAUUAUGGGGUUCUUCUCAUGGCUCCGGUCAAGGUGGAGGAAGUGCUUCUUAUGGCAGCAAUUAUGGAAAUGGUGAUGAUAGUUUCAUGGCUGGGGGAGUUGGUUAUGGAAAAGUCAGUGGGAGCAGCAACAUGGAUGCUAUGCCUUCUUCAUAUGCUUCUAGAAGUGAUUCCCGUGAUAAUAUGGGUUUUGGUAACUUAUAUGGCAGGAAUUCUGUUUAUGAUGACCCAACUUGGCAGUCAUCAUCUUCUCCUGAUGUAGCAAACACUGGAAAUUUUAGUUAUAGACUUGGGGAUGCCACUUCUAAUGUUACACCAAAUAGCUCAGUUGGUUAUGUUGGUGGUUACAGUGUUGCCAAUAGAACUAAUAGAGGUAUUGCUGCCUAGACAUUCAAUAUGGAAGACUUUAUUAAGUUGUAGGUGAAGUUUCUGAACUGCCAUGGCAGAAAGGUGGAUUAGCUUGUUUCUGUGGAGGGAAUACAUCUUGGUGUUACUGGCAGGCGCAUUAGUUAGGUUCGAGUUGGAAGUAUAACCCCCUACUACUACUGGUUCUUGUUUUCUAUAGGACAACACCUCAAGAUGAGCAUUCUGCAAGGGACUUGGUUGUGUAAGAUUUGCAAACAAAAAAGUAAAAAACAAUUUGAGUUUUCUUCCAAUAUUUUAUAGGUUUUGGUUAUCUUACUAGGUCAUUUUGGUUGAGUUGUAAAAUUGGAUUGCGGGAUAUACAGACAAAGAAACUGUUGUGUCAUGCAUCUGUAGUGGCAUGGUGAGGACGUAAAAAAGGCGCAGAUUUUUCCAUUUACCGACAACAUUCUUUUUUUUUUCUCCCCACAUCCCAUUUGCUGCUGUAAUAUUUCGAUAAAAUCUCUGGUGUUUUUUUUUUUUUUUUAAUAUUAUUUUUGUCUUGAGUCCCUCCCUGUUGUUAUUAGGAUUUACUGCUUACCCACCUCUCAGGGUAUGAGUAUUUGGAAACUUGUAAGAAAAACUUGGUUCAUUUAGUAGAGAAUGAGUAUCAUUGCAGAGGAUGAUUGAGCUUAUUUUCUUGAAGAAUAAUUAUUACAAAUGCAAUUCGUUUUUUACAAAU